GUUCGUUUUGCUGAGAGAAUGGGACCACGGCCCCUGGCUUCCCAUUCCGUUACCAUUUUGCACCGCCGGUGCGUGUAGUUUGAUCGAUGUGUUGUUGGCCUCGUCCCACAAUAUAUACCUGACCGACUGGUAGCGCCUCCUUCAGUCGCAGCCAGUCGUUAGCUUCGACCAUGGCGACGUCCUUCUUCCUGUGGCCCUCUUCGCAGAACAAGCCGGAAGAGGCCGGCGGAGGCGGCGCAGCUAGUGGUUACCCCGCUGGAGCUACGGUGGCGAAGGCAAAGAUUCGGAAAGGAGGGGGAGGGGCUAAGACGGCCGGGCCAAAGCGCCCUCCGCAGCGCGGCCUUGGUGUCGCGCAGCUUGAGCAGAUCCGCCUCCAGGAACUCGGCACUCCCCCCCACGAUCUUCAGCCUUUCAGUUUCCAACAGCUCAGCCCCGUCGCUGCCGGCCCUUCGGCCAUCUAUGGCGCACCCGUCUCAUACACCGUAGGCCUUCCAAUGCAGGGGUACCUCCAUCGACUCCGCCCGAUGUCGGUGACCUCCUUCGGUGGAGCUUCUGCUGGCUCCGCCGCCCGACCUGUGCUCGCAGAUCCGUUCGCGCUGGAUGGCCACCGGAGGACUGCGGCGGAAGACAGAUUCCGCGUCGGAGGUCCGUUCCCAGAGCCCCCUUCAAACCAAAUUACCCAAUGCCUCUCCGAUCAGUGCGAGUUCUGUGCCAGAAAGAAACGUCUCUUCGGCAAUAACCAAUCGCCCAAUCUGUCCAACGGAGGCGCCGAUUACUUCGAGAUGAACCUCGCUGCUGCAAUGUCUGUCAAUCUGGAGUAUGGCUGCCACCAGACAAAGCUGAAGCCAUCAGAGAAGAAGGAGAGGGAAGCAAUCAAGGAGUUCGAUUUCUUCCCAUCGUCGAGCAGCCUGAGCGCAUCCAUCGAUGGCGCCUCAUCUAUGUUUGCUGAUCGAACGGCGCCUGGUGAUGCUUCCUCCUCUCUUUUCUUCGCCACUGCUACCCCUCUCGAUCUCUCGCUUAAGCUAUCAUUGUAAUUAAUUAUCCCCUCCAUUACUAGUAUAUGUUGAUCGGCGAGCUAUGUUUUAAUUGCGUAUCUCUAUCUACUUCUCUAUGAGCUUAAUCUUCUAUCUCGAAUUUUUAUUUC